AGCCAAACAGAGUUCUAAGUGUCUACGAUUACUAGUAUAGUGAAAGGUUUUAGCCUUUUUAUAGCAGGAUUUCCUUACAUAUACAAACGAAACCAAAAGCAGAUGAACAUCAUAAUAGAUUGUAAUUAAACUCCCUUGUAUGUUUUCCGUAUUCUUUUCCUUAGAAUUAUUUUACCAAUCGAUUCUACAUACUAAACAGCAGAAUAGCGGAAAACAACAUGCCCAACUCAAAAUGACAAUGGUAUUGUGAUAAUUAAAUAUCGCGUAAAUAAACAAGGCAUUACAGUAUCCUGUUCUUCUAUAGGACAGGCUGAUUGACCUGGUGUUCUCGAAAUAUUUUUCUCGGUCCUGAUAUGAAAGGUAAAUUGACACCGGACUUUUACUUUUCCGUAUAGCUUAUUUUUGUUAGGGACAUAAAUAUAGUAAAGAAGUUGCAAACCAGAUAAUCAUAAUUUUCUUGUUAUUUUGCUGAUCAAGUGUACCCAACGAAAUGUUAUUCAAAAAGUCUGCAUCUGAUAUAGUUAUCGUAUCCGCAUUAAGAACCCCGGUUACCAAAGCAAUCAAAGGUGGGUUAUCCAAGCUUUAUCCAGAGGAAUUACUCUAUGAAGUUUUAAAAGGGUCUUUGGAAAAGUCCAAGAUAGAUCCAAACUUGGUUGAUGAUGUGUUGAUCGGAACUGUUUUACAAACUUUAGGUGGACAAAAAGCUUCAGCAUUAGCUGUGAAAAAAGCUGGCUUUCCUAUUAAGACCACUGUGAACACUAUGAACAGACAAUGUGCUUCAUCCGCUCAAGCCUUAACUUAUCAAGCUGGUUCAUUAAGAUCAGAAGAAAAUCAAUUCGUGAUAGCUGCCGGUGUGGAAUCAAUGACUCAUGAUUACUUUCCUCACAGAGGUAUUCCUACCAGAAUUUAUGAUGCCUUUAAAUCGUCCGCAAAUGAUGAAGCUCAAAAUGUAUUAAUGCCAAUGGGUAUAACUAGUGAGAAUGUUGCUACUAAGUACGGUAUUUCAAGACAAGACCAAGAUCAAUUUGCGGUUGAAUCACAUUUAAAAGCUGCUAAGGCGUCUGAAUCAGGCCAUUUUGCCAAAGAAAUUAUCCCAGUAAAUGCUAGAAUAUCCGAGGCCGAAGAACCAAUACAGUAUAAAUUAAUUGACAAAGAUGAUGGUAUUAGAGCUAGUUCAACCUAUGAAAAAUUAAGUACUUUGAAACCAGUAUUUGCUGAAGAUGGUACCACUACAGCAGGUAAUUCUUCUCAAAUUUCCGAUGGAGCUUCGGCCGUCAUCUUAACUACUAGAUCCAACGCUGAAAAAUUUGGUAUUAAACCAAUUGCCAGAUUUAUAGGUUCUUCAGUCGCUGGUGUCCCUUCUGCUCUAAUGGGUAUUGGUCCAUCUGAAGCUAUUCCUCAAUUGUUAGCUAGAUUGAAUGUUUCAAUUAAAGAUAUUGAUAUUUUUGAAUUGAAUGAAGCUUUUGCAUCUCAAUCAUUAUACUGUAUUGAGAAAUUAGGACUUGACCAUAGUAAGGUCAAUCCUUUCGGUGGAGCUAUUGCUUUAGGUCAUCCAUUAGGUGCAACUGGUGGUAGAGUUGUGUCAACUUUAAUUAAUGGGUUAAAGGCUCAAAACAAAGAACUUGGUGUAAUUUCAAUGUGUACUUCAACAGGUCAAGGUUAUGCCGGUUUAUUUGUUAACGAAAAUUAGAACAAAUUUGUAUAUGUAAUAUAAAUAUUCUGUAUUAAAUUUACUAUCAAUUGCAUUUAAAGAUUUGAAAAACUC